ACGGACAAGCAAGUAGACAACUACAUUUUCACAAUUUCGCUUAAUUCCCCCCUCCAUCAUACUUAAUUAUUUUUUAAUAAUUAAUUAUUGAAUAAUAAUAUGCAGAAAUUGAUAUACAACAAAGGAAUCGUUGAAAUAAAUGAAAAUGGUCAAAUAAGUGAAUUAAACAAGUAAAAGUAAAAAAUAUUAAAGAGAGCCACCACAUAAAAUAUCCAAGUCAAUGCAACAAAAGAUUUGCCAAGGAGAAGGGGGCAAACAGGUAAUAAGAAAUACAAGAAAAAAUUGGAAAAGUGGUCGCUUGCCCUGCCUUGGCAAGUGUUUUUUUUUGUGUAAGUUGCGGUGAAUGGUGGCUGGCGAUGGUGUGCCUCAGUGGUGUUAUUGUGCUGUGAGAAGAAGAAUCAAAUUCCGAGCAAAAGCAAGUCAAAAGGAGUUACGCAAAUCUCGUACAAACACAAAGAAGUUGCGGGCAUUGUUUGUUACAAAAGCUGCAGCAAACAACAAAACAAGAGUGAGAUAAUAAUUAAAAAACAGGAAAAAGAAAAAAAAAAUAAAGAAUUCACUGCAGUGGGCCGCUCUCUGCUGCAACAGCAACAAAGGGGAACAAAUUGCGGAGGUAAUCAAACCAGCUAGCAACUAGCCAACAAGCGUUUGGAAGAAUUGGAAGCCAGUGGACGUCGCGUGCGAUUUUGCGGGCUAGUUCUGUCAGCUCUGGUCGUCGUGGUGUGUUUGCGUGCGUGCGAGUGUUUGUGUGUGGGAAUAAAACAAAAAAGUCGUCAUGGGUGAUUCGGCCAAUACGCCUGCUGGACCCCGGGUUGUAACGAUUUUCAAAACUGAAACGGGCUUCGGCUUUAACGUACGCGGUCAAGUGUCCGAGGGCGGUCAGUUACGUUCCAUUAAUGGCGAGCUAUACGCCCCUCUGCAACAUGUCAGUGCGGUGCUGGAAAAUGGAGCAGCCGAAAAGGCAGGCAUCAAGAAAGGCGAUCGCAUUUUGGAAGUAAAUGGUAUUAGUGUUGAGGGUGCCACACAUAAACAAGUUGUUGAUCUCAUUAAAUCUGGCGGUGACUGUUUGACAUUGACGGUUAUAUCAGUAACACAGCAAGAAGCCGAAAGACUUGAACCUCAAGAAGACCAAAGUGGUUAUUCAUACAUAGACUAUUCCGAUAAAAGAUCAUUGCCAAUAAGUAUUCCCGACUAUAGCAUUAUCAAUCGAAAUGGCGAACGUUACAUUGUUUUCAAUAUUCACAUGGCCGGGCGCCAGCUGUGCUCGCGUCGCUAUCGUGAAUUCGCCAAUUUACAUUCGAUUUUACGCAAAGAAUUUACAGGCUUCAAUUUCCCAAAACUACCCGGUAAAUGGCCAUUCCAGUUGAGUGAACAACAGCUCGAUACACGUCGCCGAGGUCUGGAACAAUAUCUGGAGAAGGUGUGUGCGGUGCGUGUGAUUGCAGAGAGCGAUGCUGUACAGGAUUUUCUCACCGAUUCCGAAGAUGAUAUAUCCGCCUCACCUGUUGAUAUUAAAGUUAUGCUGCCCGAUCACGAAGUCACCACGGUGUCGGUGAAAAAGUCCGCCAAUGCCCAUGUCGUUUGGGAAAUUCUAGUGCAGCGUGCGAACUUCACCUCAUACACACAGCAAUAUUUUUAUUUGUUCGAAAUUGUCGAAUACAAUUUUGAGCGUAAACUGCAACCCCACGAAAUACCCCAUCAAUUGUAUGUUCAAAACUAUAGCACAGCUUCCAGUACUUGUUUGUGUGUGCGCCGAUGGUUGUUUUCGGUGUCACGUGAACUAACUCUGCCCCAAGGGGAGCAGGCGGCGAAAUUUAUCUUCUAUCAAUCCGUGGACGAAGUCAAUCGUGGCAAUAUACGGGCGGAAGGACGUCUGUAUGAAUUGAAGGCACUACAGGAUGCCAAGAAAGCACCUGAAUAUUUGGCUUUGGCACGUACCCUGCCUGGCUAUGGUGAUGUAGUCUUUCCGCAUUGUGCAUGUGACAGUCGAAAGGAGGGUCACGUUGUACCGGCUGUGGGUAUGAAAAGUUUUCGCUUACAUGCUUGUCGUGAAGAUGGAUCUUUGGAAGCUCAAAUGGUUGAACUGACAUGGGAUAGCAUAACACGUUGGGAGAGUGAUGAGGAAUCAAUGUCAUUUUGUUUCCAAUACAAUCGUCCUGAUAAGCCCGCCAGAUGGGUUAAAGUCUAUACGCCCUAUCAUGCAUUCUUGGCCGAUUGUUUUGAUCGCAUCAUGGAGGAACGCAAAUGGGAGGAUGCCGGCGACUAACAGCUGAAACGUUACUAGAUAUUAAUUCUAUGUGUAAUUCUAAACUUAAGAUUAAACAAAUAUACAAAACAUCGCAAACAAAGUGGACUCCUUACACACACACACACAUACAUACAUGCAUUUGAGAGCAUAAUCUAAACAUGUAUGUAACACUUUAUAUUUUGUAAAUUAAUUCCUUCUCUCUCUCUCUCUCACACACACACACACAAACACUCACAAUCUUUCUAUAACUACUACACGCUCUUAAAACAAACAAAAAAAAGAAACCUUUCUAUACAAACUUGUAUUUAGUUUAUAUUUACACACAUUCGUAUAUAUACAAAACAAAAAAACCAAUAUAUAUAUAAAAUAUUAUUAAAGUUCGAACACAAUUGUAAAAAAAAGUAGCAUGCUAAAUCAAGGCCCAAUUCCCCUUAUUCUAAGACAAUGACAAGGGCUUUGUUUUUGUUGUCUCUAUCUGACAUUGCAUUGCAUAGUAAGCAAACAGGGAUUGUGUCUAAUGAUAAGGAUGAUAUUGAUUGUUUCGCUUAAGAAUUGCUCUUAUAUGAUUUACAACUGUUUCAGAUAUUGUAUGCUAUGCAUUAUUCCCUUAUAAGUUAUAUUUAUCUCGACAUACUUCCUCUUUAGUUAUUUCUAUUUCUGAUGAAAUUUUCGAUAAAUUAUUUAUAAAUACUUGCAUAUACAACAAGCCAUCUAUUAUUCCUAUUUUUUGUUUUCAAGUGACAAUUUAAUUGGACCAACAUUUUUGUUAAAUGUUUAUGAUAUUUUCUACUUUUAUUGUUUUUGUUUAAUAUUUUUUUUUUUUUGAUUUAUUACACCCUCUUAUUUUUUGUUAGUACUUAUAAAGAUAUGAAUAUAAUUUAUGUAUUAUUUUUGUUUACUAUAUUUUAGAAAUUUUUGUAUAAAAAAAUCUACAACCUGCCCUUAUCCCACACCCCAUACUAGAUUUCCUUAAAUGUAAGCUUCUGAAAAGUGAAUGAAACAGAAAAGAGAGAGAUAACAAAUCUCAAUAUUAAAAUUAUUUUACUUAUGCAAAAUAUUGAAA